AUGCGUGAAGCAGUUGUAGGUGGAGCUACAUGGCAUGUUCAGGCUCUCAUUCAUUCAAGCAUCAAUGAGCAUACAUUCUGGCAUUUGGUGGCUUUUCUGGAAAGGGUGACUGGCACAGGACAAGAAAGGAGAGGAAAACCUACAUGCCAGAAAACCAUGGAUGACAGGAGUACCAUGCUGCACAUCCUCGAGGAACCCCAGAUGAGGAAGGAAGGGGAGAGGAUUCAAACUUUUCACAACUGGCCAGCAGAUGCUCCUGUAACAUCUGGAGAGCUGGCCAAAGCAGGUUUCUUCUUCCUCGGUUCUGGGGAUAAGGUCCAGUGUUUCUGCUGCGGAGGGAUUUUAAGAUGUUGGGUCCAUGGGGACAGCCCAGCUGAAGAGCACAAGAAGCAUUUCCCCACUUGUAGUUUUAUUCUAGGUCAAGCUGUGGGAAAUAUUCCACUUCAAACCGGAUCCUCCGACUCUGUUGACGGCCAGCUGUUGAGUCAGCUCCAGAGGAUGACUAUGGAUGAUCAGGGGACAGCUGGACAAGCCGUAUACCCAGAAAUGGAUGCAGAGGAUUCCCGGCUUACCACUUUUCACAACUGGCCUACAGAGGCCUCGGUCCAGCCGGAUGUUCUCGCAAGAGCUGGAUUUUUCUACACAGGUCAUGGUGACAACGUCAAGUGCUUCUACUGUGACGGAGGGCUGAGGAACUGGGAGCCAGGGGACGACCCCUGGCAGGAACAUGCCAAGUGGUUUCCACGAUGUGAGUUUUUAAUCCAGUCGAGAGGACAGGAGUAUAUCAGCAACAUCCAGGAUGCUCACUUCCAUCUGGGUGAGACUGUGGGUGGAUCGCAAAGCACCAUGGGUAGAGAUAUCAGCUCAAGAAAUGAUAUGGUCGGAGGUCUGGCAGCCUCCUCAGCCAUGCUGUCUCCCGUGGUGCAGACGGUGCUGCAGAUGGGCUUUGAAGCCAGUCUGGUGGAGAGUUUGGUCCAGACUAAGUACCUGCUGACAGGCCAGCACUACACCUCUGUGUCAGACCUGGUCACUGAUGUGCUGCAGGCGGAACAUGAGGAUGGAGAGAGGGGCCUGCAAAGCAGAGAGACAGAGUUGAGGCAGGGAUCCAGUUCAGGAAAUAUGAGAACACAAACAACCAUCAGAGAGAGAGCAAUGAAAGACCCCAGCCCAGAGGAGCUGCUGAGGCAGCUGCAGGAGGAGAGGACGUGCAAAGUGUGCAUGGACAAGCUGGUGUCCAUCGUCUUCAUCCCCUGUGGACAUCUGGUGGUGUGUGGAGACUGUGCCGCCAGCCUGCGCCACUGCCCCAUCUGCAGAGCUGUGAUCAGAGGCAGCGUGCGAGCUUUUAUGUCCUGA